AAAACACAAGCCACACCAACACAACUCACGUCAGAAAACCUGCGCUUCCACUCUGUCUCUUGCCUUCCCUUUGCAUACUCUCAGCUGAAUACUCAAAAGCUUUUUGCCUAUUUCUCUCAGAAUUCUAAUGACAGAUAACAUAGACGAUGACACUAUAACAUUAGUUGAUAAUUCAGUUGAAAAGCUUCCUGAUCAUCUCCUGAUAGAAAUUUUCAUUCGAGUUCCUAUCUCAGAUUGGGCACAAAUAUCUUGUGUGAAAAAGCAAUGGGCUAAUCUGUUUCGUGGAGAAUGCUUGUGGCAAGCUGCUCUAAUCAAGACUUAUCCAUUGGCUGGCCAAGCUAAAAGGUGGCCUGGACCUAUCCCUCGAGGGUUGAGCAGAAGGAGAUUCACAGCUUUAUACAUUAGUAAACACAGCUUUGCUCUUGAUGGUGACAUAGAUGAGCUUGUUGGACACACUUAUUUGUUUUUGAAAGAGCAACUUGAACUUUCCUCAAUGGCACCUCCGUCGGCAAUCCUUCAUGGAACCAUAAUUGGUCCUUGCUUCUGCCUUCCACUCAUUUGCCGUGAUGUACUUGUAUUGUCAAUGUCCAAAUUUAUGAAGUUUAUUGCUUUGUAUCUCCGUCUCUUAUCAAGCCCAUCAUCCUUGAAUGUUCCAUGUAGUGAUAAUGUCUGUUUUAACAAAGACAAUUUGGACCAAAUCUAUCAAUUUAUUGCUUGUGGGAAAUCAAAUGACAGGGCCCAUGAGCUUGCUUCGCAAAUCUGGCUUGCUGUUCUUGACAGUUUGGAUGAAAACGAGAACACAUUUUGCUUGCUUAAAAGUUUUGCACAAGAGGAUGAUGUUUUUCUCCCAUACCCUUACUCAAGAUCAACCAAAGUCCAAUGGAGGGUGUUUGAAAAGCUCUUCACCGAUUUCCGAGACUGCUUUAGUCAUGUAGAUUACUAUGAUGUAUUGGCAUGUGCCAAGAACAAGUUUCAGCCUAUACCAUCUGCUUGGUUAGGUUACUAGCCCACUUCAAGUGCAUAUUCCUGGAUCACGCACAUAAUUGUACGUAUGAAUGUAACUCUUGCUUAUCCCUAUACAAUGAAUGUAUAGAGAAAAGAGAAACUGUAUAUCGGUUGCAGUUGCUACUUUUUUUGGUUAACAGACUCGAAAUGUAUUAAACACAAACAAGUUUAGCCUAUCAAAGGAUAUUAAAUUCUCCGA